AUAUGCUUCCGCAUAUCGCAUAUCCAGGACUCGAAGGAGCCUGUUCGUGACACAUCGAAUGAUUUUCCAUUUACUGCUGUCAAUGUACACAGGCAAAAUUCACAGGCACACAGGCAUACAGGCAUAAACUUGUGAAAGCGGAAAGCAACGGAGAAACUCUUAACUUACAAUCUGGUGGAAAACAAACCUUGUCUUCUGUGGAUUAACACAAGUAGUACUAACUGUCGAGGCUUUUUGGCAAGGGCCUUACUUUUGGUUUUCUUGGAUAUGACGUAGGUCGCCACCGACGUGCCAUCUCGAGGAAAUCACAUGGAAGUACUGAUUUAAAAUUUUGAGCCAGAGCGACCUCUUUUUAUUUGUUUGAUAGCUUCCGAAUCAUUGUAUUCAGUCAUCAACUCCCGAAGAAACUAUCUGUGGACGUAGAUAUCUGAACUAUUUCCGAAGCGUUCUUGCCCUGAUCAUGACUGCUGACUGAAGAUUAUCAAGCACCCGUGAGUCUGACAUUUUGUUUCAGGUCUGAGUCUGUCGAUGGUUCAUCGCUUUCUGCCUCAAAAUUUGACUGAUUUUCAAUAUUACGUCGACAUGGCCUUUAGAGUGCUGCUAGUACUUCUAGCGAUAUCGAUGCUACUGACUUCAGGGACAGAGCGAUCAAAGGAAGUGUCCACAAGAGGCCGCCGACUGUGUCUGUGCUCGGAACGUGUGCUUCGAUUGUCAUCCCAGGAUAGCGAGGCAUCUCCUUCUGCUUCUUGUGAAGAAAUGUGUACUUUUAACAGCAAAGCAGGAGUCCUCUCUAAUGUCUCUCCUCGCCAUCUAAGGUCUCGUCGAGAUGUCCUCAAACAGGCAAAACAGUGUCGCUUCAAUCGUGUCCUUCCUGACUGGGAGGUCAAAAAUACAACAGUCGCCUUUCAUAGGAGUGGAAACAAUCCUGAGUGGUUUGCAGAGGUCUCCUGGAGUCCUUACAACGGAUCUUCGCUUCUUUGGAUUGGCUAUUACAUUCUUUAUUUCACUGGUAGUUCGGCAGAAGAUAACCGAGUUCACUGUCAAAUUAUUUCAAAGAACCAAACCAGUGUGAACAUCAGCUCUACAAAGAACGCCGAGAUCAUCCAUUUAAAGGUAUUCGCUCUUCCAGAGUCCGUGAAUUCAACUAUCGAUCACGGCGAGGCGGAAUUAACUCGAUACAGCAACGAUAAACCGAAGUACCUCGGGCUAAUGACACCACCACGGUACACCAUGGAGCCGACAGAGGAUAAUAUUACCGUCACAGCGUACGUGUCUAUGGCGGCUGGAAUCCUGGUAGGAAUAGCCCUGGGUGCUGGCUUGCUGAAGUACUGUUUGUGCCGCAAAAAGAGCAGCUAUUUUCCACCAGAAUUCAAGUACCAUGCUUUCAUAAGUUUCCAAAAGGAAGAUUCCCAUUGGGUGAGCGGGGAACUCCUUCCAUUCCUGGAAAAAGAACAUCAGAUACAAUGCUGUCUUCACUACAGGGACUUCGAUCCUGGAACACCUUUUCUAGAAAGCAUGGCGGACGGCGUUUACAAAAGCUACAAAAUCAUUGUAGUAUUUUCAAGUAAUUUCUUGCAGAGCAAUUACUGUAUCCAUGAGCUGGACCUCGCACAAUAUCGCCUUCUAAACAGACGUGAUGACAGCCUUAUUAUUAUAAGAAUUGAUAACACAGAUCCCAGCAAGCUUCCUCCUGCGCUACAGAAAAGAAAUUUUAUCGACUACUCCGAUGUACUGGAAAGACCUUUUUGGAAGAGUAAACUUCUCAAGUUCCUAAAUUCUGGCAGCCAAAGCGUGUCUACAGACACAGACAAUAAUAACAGUUCUCUGGAGGAGUCUAACGAGCAAAAUGGAAAUAGACAGGCGAGAGCUGGAUUUGACAGGCUUAACAGCACGAUUAGCACCGCCACAGAAAUAUCUAUCGUUUCUCUCAACGAGGAAAGGUUGAUUUAAACUGUAGAUGUAUUGCACUGAUGUGUUUUAUCGUAGUACACGAUCUACACUGUACAAAACCUGGUAUGGCUUUUUCUGUAGGAGAAGGUCAAUGCAGGAAAAUGUUACAUGAAUUCUUGCAUGUUAUAUACCCUCUUAAGUUCUCUGUGAUAUUUAGUAACUAGUGAAUUUAACGAGCGUUCCUUAGGAAUGGCCAAUUCCCUCAGUGAGACGCAGCUGCACGGAAUCAUGGCGGUUGUAUUCAUUAAAACAAAUAUCCAGUCCAAUAUGAUGUAUACAACUACCACGAUUCCCUACGGGUGCAUCUCAUAGAGCGAUUUGCGAAUCAUUAGCGAUCAUUUAAGCUAACGAUUUUAGA